AUGCUAUCCUUUUCUAAAACUAUUCAAUCGCCUGUACUCUCCAAGACCUUCGCUAGGGGAUUUUCAUCAUCUGUCCUAGUAAGAACUAAACAUGCAUCCAAGGACCCAGAACAGCGCAUGUUUGACAGGAACAAGAAGAAGUUGGAGAAGUUGGAGAGAGAGGGACAUGAACUUGAAAAAGACCUAAAAAGACCAGGAGUUAGCAGCUUGAAGAAAAAGGGAGAAAGGGCCCAAAUUGAACAAGGAAGACCUGACGAUGGGGUCUAUUAA